AGACAUCUCUGCCAAACUAUAAUUUGAAUAUAAUUAUAAAUUCUGAACGCAUUCAUAAGCUGCGCUCCUGUACACGCAGAGUAAAGUGCAAGAGACUUGAGAGUGCUGCUAUAUUCAACAAAGCGACGUCUAUUAUUAACAUUCGUGUAACGCAACGUAACCUUCCAUGAUGGCAGAUGUUGUGUGAAUGUUUAUUUUUUUUUUAUAAAAUUAUCAAAUGCCCGUUCAAAUCUUGAGGAAAACUGUAAAUAGCUUAUCAAAAACUCUGGUCAUGAAACUGUGAUAAUUAGUAAUCUAUCGGUAGUGGAGCGCGAGCUAUUGAGUAUGUCAAAUGAUAGUGCGAGGACGCGGUAGUAAGAUGCCGUGCGAGAGCUGUGCGGUGCAGUUCAGCGUGUUCCGUCGCAAGCGGGCAUGUUCGGAGUGCGAGCGGUACUACUGCGCGGGCUGCCUGCGGCGCGGCGGCGGCGCUAUGUGCGCUCCUUGCCGGGCGCUCUCGACGCGCCCGCUGGCGCGACCAGCCAUAGCUCAUCUCAAGGUCCGGGACCUGCAGUGCUUCUUGCAGCGCCAGAACGUGUCUACCCGUGGCUGUGUCGAAAAAGAAGAGUUAGUAUCCCUCUGCGUGUCGCACGUGAACAGCACGGCGUACCGACGGCGGGCGCCCCGCACGGAACCCUUCCCGUCCCUCAAAGGCAUCACCAGCAAUAUCAACAACUUCCUCAACUCCACCUUCGACCUCCGACCGCCACCCAGACCUCAGCAGCAGAGGCCACAGCCUAACACCAAUGGCGGCGGGUGCUACAACGCGGCGCACCAGCACGUGCAGAGCCCUGCGCCCGCGCAGGCGCCGCGCCGCGAGCGCUUCACUCCCACGCCAGGCGGUCAGGAGCGCAUCUCCGUACCAGUACCAUCGGCAAAUACUCCUGGGGCAGCGGCUGAAACCGCACACGUGGACACGGCAGACUGUCUCGAGGUCGAAGACUUAGAUGACUCAGGCUGGGAGUUUGUCCGUCGACCCGCCGACCCUCUCCCAAACGAUUCCGAAGUGCUCCUCCUGUCCCCCGGGGCCGGGGCCGGGGCCGGGGCCGGCGCCGGCACGCCGCCGCGCGCCGCGUCGUCGCUGGAGCUGCGCUCGCCCUCGGCCGCCUCGCGCGACGCCGACAGCGCCUCGCUGCAGGACGAGCCCGCGCUCCGCCCGCCCACGCCGCCGCCGCCGCCCGUGUCGCCUCCGAGAACAGAUCACUCCACACCGCGGACACCGACACACCUGCUACCACCCAAGCAGGAUGGGAACGACUCCGACUCUAACACAGGCGGAUCUCAGUCAAUAACCCUCGAUGACCUGAAAGACGUGUCAGCGCUAGACGCCCUGACCGUCCGUCAACUCAAAGAGCUGCUCGUGCGCAACCGCGUGGAGUUCCGCGGCUGCGUCGAGCGGCACGAGCUGCUGCUGCGCGCGCAGCGCCUGUGGCAGGACCACGCCAGAUAUAAGGACGAACUAGAAGCCCUCCCCCUGGAGGAGUGCUGCAAGAUCUGCAUGGCGGCGCCGCUGGAGUGCGUGCUGCUGGAGUGCGGGCACAUCGCGGCGUGCACGCGCUGCGCCCGGCAGCUGGCCGAGUGCCCCAUCUGCCGCCAGUACGUCGUGCGCGCCGUGCGCUUCUUCCGCUCCUGAACCCGCGGCCGGCGCCUGACACCGACACACGAUCCGGACGUCACUAUCGGAACGUCACGUCCUGAAAGACAUAAACCCUACAUCAUUUCCGCUCCGCCACUUCCGUAAUGACAUCAGGAACGUCACGUACGGAAUUAGACAUCCGUUAUCCUUUACGUCCCUUCCGGAAUGUCACGUCCAGGAAGAUACUAUGUGGUCAUCGGUCCUACCCGUCACGUCCUGGUCUUUUCACUCUGAGCGUCACUUCCUCUUUAUGAUAAUUAAUAAUACUCAUAUGCCUGAACAUCAAUAACCACUAACGAGGAAGGGUACCCAACUGUCCGACUCCGAUUUGAUUCAUUUUGAUAUAUGUUAUAGAGUAGUCUAAAAUAACGGACACGUAUUUUUUUUUUAGCUGCCCAAACUCAACCUGUUAGGAGAAAAUGGCCUUCAAAGUACUAAAAAGUUACUAAAUCUUCUAACUCCUAUAGACAGGGAUGCUCAAGCAACUUGCUAGUUAAUGGCUGGUUUGAGUAUAUGUUUGAAAGCAGCAAAAAAUAAUGAGCACGUGUUUUGUUAUAUCUGCUUAAACUCAAGUUUUCCUAAAAAAAUCCACAUUCGAGUUUGGGCAGCUAAAAAAAAAUACGUGUCCGUUAUUUUAGACUACUCUAUAACAUAUAUCAAAAUGAAUCAAAUCGGAGUCGGACAGUUGGGUACCCUUCCUUGUAAGAAGUCAUUUUCUAGGUUUUCAGGAAGAUUUUAUGCAAUCAGCCCCUGAAUACCCGAAAUAUGAAUACCUGGAAGCCUAGCUCUUGAGUUAUGAAGUUAAAACAUAUUAAAGUGGUGUAAUAAAUGACAGGUUAUAACAUCAUCUAUACUUAUAUGUCUCGUCUUAACAUAUGAACCUGACAUGCAUUCAAUCAGCAUCUAUUUGCGUUAUAAAUUCGAAUGACAGAAGAGAAGGGAGUCUUGCCAUUAGAUAUGUAUUUACAAGCGUAACAGCUUUGGAAUUAAAUAGUGAAAAUGUAAUUAUAUAUAUCAAUCCGAGGUUCUAUUUUUUUGAAACUCUCAUCAAACAUCAAUUCAAAAUUUUAUCAACGUUGUAUUUUUCUUAACUCUUUGAGGACCCUGAGGUUUUAAGUUUAGAGGUAAAUUUUUAUUAUCAUUUUUGCUUACCUGAAAUUGGGUCCGUGGGACUCAAGGGGUUGAAUCGCUACUUAAGUACUUAAUAGUACAUUAUACUACACUCUUAGCAUAGUACAAAGAGUGGGGAAGUAGGUUAUCUUCGGAGCGUAGGCGACGGGUCGACAUCUUGUUUGAGUGUGCGAGCGGCGACGUAUAGAAACUGUGGCGCACAUACUCUGAUGACCGGUGUGGCCUAGUGGGUAGUGUCCCUGCCUACGAAGCUGAUGGUCCCGGGUUCAAAUCCUGGUAAGGGCAUUUAUUCGUGUGAUGAGCAUGGAUAUUUGUUCCUGAGUCAUGGAUAUUUUCUAUGUAUUUAAGUAUUUAUAAAUAUUUAUAUAUUAUAUAUAUCGUUGUCUAAUUACCCUCAACACAAGCCUUAUUGGGCUUACUGUGGGACUUAGUCAAUUUGUGUAAUAAUGUCCUAUAAUAUUUAUUUAUUAUUUAUUUAUUUAUAAACAAGCCGCGCACGGUGCGUUUGUAUGAAGAUAACCUACUUCCCCACUCUUUGUACUAUGCUCUUAGUCGAUGCGCUAGAAUUGUAUAAAACAUUCCUUGCAGGUAUGUAGCGGUAAUCGAUUAGGUCACUACACCAAUAAAAAAAUGUCCCAUCAAUUUCACAGUUAACUAUUUGUGAAUCUUAUUUCAACCCAUUAAAGCCUACAUAUGGUCAGUUGUGUUGCUGUUAAUAUCAUUACGAUAUCUCAUACGCUUCGAUUCACUUCCUGACUAUGAAUUAUAUAACGUUGAUCGUUAUUACUGUACACGAUUGUACGUUGCUUAUAUUUUCUUAAAAAAUAGUUAAUAAGUAACAUAAAAUGAAAUAAACAUAGUUCACACGAUUAAUGACCAAAAAAAUGGAAAUAGUUUUUUAGCCCCGAUUUAGUCAUGAUUCCAAUAGGAUAAUGGUUGUAAAUAAUACAUUAUACUCGUAUGAAUUAUAAAACCAUUCUUAAAUGUUAUUUAUAUAAUAAGCAAUGUUUAAAUUUCUAGUUAUAGCCCUGCGACUCAGCUAGCGAAAAGAAUUAUAUAUUAUUAUUUAAAAAAACUUUUUUCCUAUAACACAUCAUUCGGAAUGUAUUCGGUUUACAGAAUCACCUCAAUACCCCUUACAAUAGUUCGUAUAAAUGUAUGACAAUUUAUAACCAGUUACUCCACACAGAAAUAAAAUAGCUGUUAGCUGCGUUAACCUUCUAAUGCACAGCCAUUCAAGAAAAAGAUCCAUAAUUUGCCAGUGAAAUUUGAAGCUAUAGUGUAGGGAAUAGAGUUACUUUCACUUUGUUAAUUGAACGAGAUAAAAACAAAUGCAACUAUAGGGACCGUGCGCAUCGGAAACAUACACAUGUACAUUGACACUUCACGUCAAAACAAGUGCUGCCAUCUACCAUUCUCGUACGCUUUCUUCUGGUUCUGUCAUCUUGUGGGCUACAUUGGAAGCAUAAACUUCACAUUUAAACCUCGCGCCAAACAUCUGACGUCACCUGUGCUGCCCCCUACACACACACACACCCUAUUCCGAUUGAAAACGAUUCAAAAUCCAUAGAACUUAAUAAGUACUAUAUAUUUCGUAUUUUAAGCAUUAGAAAAAGACUACACGAUUUUGACGUGUCUCUUUAUUGAAAAACAUUUUUGAAAAAUGAGUAAAAAAGGGGGUAGAAAGCCGUGAGCCUAAUGAAGUUAAUAUCAGUACUUAUACGCAUUACUCAUAGUCGUUUUGUAAUUUGUAUUACGCAAACACUAUAAAUACAAAUAAUCGGAUAUUUGACUGUUGUAGGAAUAGUGAACGGAAGCUAGUAAACGGAGUCGCAUAACCAUCACCAACAUCUGCCAUCUAAUAUUAAUUUAAACUCACAUACGUUUUUUUUAUAAUAGGGUUGUUUCCAAUUUUUUGAAACGCUCGUAUUACGUUCUAUAUUAACUAAAAGUUGCCCUCAAAAUUCAACUUUAUACUAAAAACGGCUUUAAAUAUGUUAAAUGAACAAAAUAUAUUUUGACGGAUGCUUUCGCGCCCAAAACGCUCUUUGAAAAUUGAGUGACGUCACAGUUUACGGUUUGACACAUAACUACAUACACACGUAGAAGAUACGAGCUGUCAACCGACAUUUGUCAUUUGUUGUCUAUCGCCUAACUGUCAACAGUGUCAAUCCGCGAGUUGUGACGUCAUCAAAAUCUUCAAAGACGUUUCGAGUUUGGUCACGUGACGUGUGCCAAAAGAUAUUUUAAAUUCAAUAUUUACAAAAAUAUGGUCAUUACAGAUCCCCUAAAAGUAGUUUAACAUGUUCUUAUAAUCCAAAAGAAUU